AUAAUAUAUAAUAGUCACAUUAGUAAUACUUUAACUACAUUUGACUGAUUGCACAGGGUGUUUUCACCGUGUGUAACAGUACUUUUAGACCUUUAAGAUCUGAACACUUCCUCCAACACCAUGUCCGCUGAAUGGACCUCACCCCGAGAUGUUUAUUGUUCCCUGAUUUCCCUCCUCUGACCGCCAGGGGGCGACAGAACGCCACCAGCGGAAACCUCACAUUGGUCCCUCGUUAACAAAUACAUAUAAACAAGAAAAGGGAACCCCGAUAAUGUUCAGCAGAACUGAAGCAUAACAACAACACUAUAUGUAUGCUCGUGCACGCGGGCACGAGCAUGCACGUGGGCUUUCUAACCCCGGGUCCGUGGAGUCACGUGCGCGUCGACGAGGACUUGUUGAGAGGAAGAAGGCUCUGAGGAGAUGUCUGCAGCUGGUGGAGGAGCAGCAUCUCCUCCACCCUCCCACCGCGCACACAUGAGUCAACAUGGCCGCGCAGCAGCAGCACUGAGACACGAAGCACAACAACAGGCUGCAUGGCGUUCAUGUCCCGGUUCUCCCGGUCCCGGAGCAGCUCCCGGUCUCCGAGCCGGAAGGAGCCUGGGCGCGCCUCCCCGACGCCGACGGUGUCCGAGCUGGAGCGGCUCCUGUGCACCGGGAAGACCGCCUGCAACCACGCGGACGAGGUGUGGCCGCGGCUCUACAUCGGAGACCAAGACAUCGCGUCAGACCGCCGUGAGCUCACCAAACUGGGCAUCACUCACAUCCUCAACUGUGCCCAGAGCAAGUGGCGCGGCGGAGCCGAGAACUACGCCGGCAUGAGCGUCACCUACCACGGCAUCGAGGCUCACGACUCGCCGACCUUCGACAUGAGCGUCAACUUCUACCCGGCCGCCGAGUUCAUCCACAAAGCGCUCACAGGCGGAGGUACGGUUCUGGUCCACUGUGCGGUGGGCGUGAGCCGCUCCGCCACGCUGGUUCUGGCCUACCUGAUGAUCCGGCAGAACCUGACGCUGGUGGAGUCCAUCAGGACCGUGAAGGACCACCGGGGCGUCGUCCCCAACCGGGGCUUCCUGCGGCAGCUCAACGGCCUGGACGGCAUCCUGAGGGAGAGCCGGAGGACGCCACCGCAGAGCUGAACACACACACACUCACACACUCACACUCUCACACACACUCACACACACACACUCACACAAGGUCACAUGCUCGUCUCUUUUCAAUCAAACUUCGGAGCAUUCCGGAUGUUUUCCAACAGGAAAUCUCUUUUCUGAUUCAGGAAACAUCUCAAAAGAAAACGAGAAUUAUCCUGGAAGAAGAUUACAUUGUAUCUGUAACGGUUCUGGUGCCCCCUGUGGUCUAAAGUGGUAGUGUUGGUUCUGGUGCCCCCUGUGGACUAAAGUGGUAGUGUUGGUUCUGAUGCCCCCGGUGGACUAAAGUGUUGGUUCUGGCGCCCCCUGUGGACUAAAGUGGUAGUGCUGGUUCUGAUGCCCCCUGUGGUCUAAAGUGGUAGUGUUGGUUCUGGUGCCCCCUGUGGACUAAAGUGGUAGUGUUGGUUCUGCUGCCCCCUGUGGACUAAAGUGGUAGUGUUGGUUCUGGUGCCCCCUGUGGACUAAAGUGGUAGUGUUGGUUCUGGUGCCCCCUGUGAACUAAAGUGGUAGUGUUGGUUCUGGCGCCCCCUGUGGACUAAAGUGGUAGUGUUGGUUCUGGCGCCCCCUGUGGACUAAAGUGGUAGUGUUGGUUCUGGUGCCCCCUGUGGACUAAAGUGGUAGUGUUGGUUCUGGCGCCCCCUGUGGACUAAAGUGGUAGUGUUGGUUCUGAUGCCCCUUGUGGACUAAAGUGGUAGUGUUGGUUCUGGUGCCCCCUGUGGACUAAAGUGGUAGUGUUGGUUCUGCUGCCCCCUGUGGACUAAAGUGGUAGUGUUGGUUCUGCUGCCCCCUGUGGACUAAAGUGGUAGUGUAGGUUCUGAUGCCCCCUGUGGACUAAAGUGGUAGUGUUGGUUCUGGCGCCCCCUGUGGACUAAAGUGGUAGUGUUUGUUCUGGUGCCCCCUGUGAACUAAAGUGGUAGUGUUGGUUCUGGCGGCCCCUGUGGUCUAAAGUGGACCAGUGGGUCCAGCGCUCCAUCCUGGGUCUCCCUCCAGGUAAAAUAAAUGAGUUAAACUUCAUUUAAUUAUCUAUGAAUUAUUUCAUAGAUCUAUUUGUUUAUUCAUCUUUUCUUUUAUUUAUUUAAUAUAUUUUUACCUUUGUCACGUAACUUUUUUUCUUAAAAUCUGCCAAUUUCACAUUGGCAGAUUUUUUUUAUUCCAUGAAACAACCUGAAAAUGGAAAAAAAAUUUAAACACUUUUUAUAUUACAGGAAAAACUUCCCCGCCGACCGUUUGCUCUCCACGUGACAUUGAACACCACGUGAGGCAUUCAGAGGACCACAGACGUUGCAAAAAAGCUCCAAAACUGCCCAGAGACAAACAGAUGGAACUCAAACCAGCUAAGCAGGUGUUUUCUUAAAGAAUUACCUCAAGUACCAAAACGUGUUCUUUGUCUGAUGUUUUUUUACCGCCGUCGGCGCGAUGCAGUAGCGGUGAAGUAACGAUGAAGUGAAGUAAAGGUGAAGUAACGAUGGAAAUAUAAAUGUAAGUUCGAGGUGUUGUACCGAAGGAGGUUUAAAGUUCUGGGAGUUUCCUGCAGAGAAGUUAGACUAAGCAGGAGGCGCUUAGCUUAGCACAAAGACUGGAAGUGGAGGGAACAGUUAGCCGGGCUGCAUCUGGAGGUCAAACAGUUUAUUUUUAAACAUUGUUACAGUUAGUGCUUUUACAAACAGUCUUUUUAAACUGUUCUUUGAUGUCACAUGUCUAAAAGAGGUUUGAUGUCAGCAGCUUUUAUAAAAGUUUCUAUGAAGUUGGCUGAAAGCAGAUUGAAUCUAUCCAGCUGACUAGUUUUAACAAAAACACUUUAAAUAAUCAGAAACAUGCAAAUGAUGCCAAGUGUCAAAAAAGCAUCAUGAGCCACUUUGAGAGCUAGGCUAUGAGUUUCCCCCCGUUCCCAGAGUUUGUGCUAAGCUAACAAGGCGUGUGUUAAACUCCCAGCCGAUCCUCACGGACCCCUCGAGUCCACGAGGUUCUGGACGUCUUUUAUCUAUUUGUUUUUAUUUUGUAAAUAACUUUAACAAUCAACUGUAUUGAUAAAUUGACCCGAUCAGAAUAAAACAUCUCCAGCCGGUU